AAAUUCGUUAACUUCAGCCAUUGUUGUUGAUUUCACAGUAAAUGUAGUCCCCGGAUAGUCUAUUUUCUUUUCAGAAAUCAUGUAUUCGAUCUUAUAAAACAUAGAGAAAAACAUUUAUAGGAUAUAUAUUUUUCAUCAUAAUUUUUAAUGAUAGGUUCUUCACAUUGGAUCUAAUUUAGGCGCGAAUCAAAGUCCUAUCGUCAUUCUCUUCCUUAUACUUGAUCUUCGUGAUACCUUUUGAGAUUUGGAAAGCGGCGAUAACUAUCUUUUUCCGACGACUCACAUUAACUUGGCUUAUUUCGUUUCAAUACUAUUCACAAGGUGUGGCAAGAGAGGUUUACAGGGUUGACUCAGAUUAGCGAUGUUCUAUGAAUACUUAUACCAACAUGGCAUGCAAAUAAUGUUUGAUCAGGAUCCAAUCUUGAAUUUUCCUCAAGAAGAAGAUAUUGUGUAAGUAAAUGCCUCCCCUGAAAGGGGUAGCAGACCCUUUUUUUUUCGUGAGGAGCCUACUUCAAAAAUGCUUUUUAUUCAAAGAUCUUCUGAAGUUUCUUUCAUGUUCAAUAGAACAUUAGCAGUGAGUGAAGGAAGAGUAAAUGCGUUAGAGCACUGCGAUCGAGCGUGGUGCGCGUACAGAUGUUGCGUUCCUCUGAGUUUUCCUCACCCUUCUAAUAUGUGUGUAUUUUUUAUCGAUGCCUUACAUAAAUACAUUCCACAAGAAAGCACGUGUUUUUGCUUGUCUUUCUUUGCAACGUUGCGGCAAUUUUGGCUUUGAGAACUUUAAUCCAAGGCAGUCCCUUCUGCACUGUGGGAUGAUCUAAAGAGUCGGAAUUUCACUUCUAUCGAAUAAAAUGGUUUCAUAUAUGUGACUUAGUGAAUAUUAUUAACAAAACAGAAAA